AGCUUCACAUUGCUGGCAAAACCCUUCAGAUAAACCUCCAAACUCAUGUAGCGCGCCAAGCUGCCGGCGCGCCGGCGGCCUAUUCCAAGGUCUUUCCGACUAAAUUUCCGGUCAUCAUUGUAACUAUACCGUAAAAAGACAAAAUUUAUUCCGAAGAGAGGGUUUCUUGCAGAGAGUGUACAGAGUCGGCGAAGAGAGAGAAACGUUAGAGAACGGAGGAGAGAGAAAAAGAACAGAAGCGGGAAACCCUUAUGCACCUUAACUGUCGGUUCGGUUUUUUAAGUCGGUUAUGGCUAAACAGUUUCGGAAAAUCUUCUAGAAAAGUAUUCAAACUUUUUUACUAUUAGCAAUUGAGCCCUUUUAGUUUUCUCAGGGUCAAAAACGUCUUGGGAAUAAAAAAACCCUUAUAAAAUAGUAACCCACACCAAAAAGGACGGGAAGGAGCAAAGAGAUAGAGGAUAAUAGCCUCUUCCAUUUUUUCUUCUCAUGAAAGAGGAAGCAGCUCUUCAAAAUUUCGGGAGGAACCCAAUAACUCCAACGGGAUUGUUGAUUCCCUGUAAGGAUUGAACACACACAGACAAAUAUCAUUGAUUUUUUCACAUUCUUAAGGUAACCUUAUAUCAUCGGAGUCCAAACAGUUGAACAAGAUUGAAAGCUUGGAACUUUUGCUAUUACAGACGCACAAAAUAUUCAGUGCAGAGGCAGCCAAACUAGAUUGUCUUGAGGGAAGAAAUGACAGACAGGGGAUUCUCUCGGUUUAACUCUGAUCAAUUGGAAGGCGAUGUGAUCAGGAUCCCACUGAGAAGUGUCCAUGUGGCAAAUUCCAGGGGCUUUGACUCUGUCUCCAUUGUCUCCCACCAGGGAAAGCACGAAAAGCCUGUUGUCACUCUCCUGGGUAUGGCAGAAGAACACUGAAUACGGAUAAGGCAUCCUGUGACAUCCUAUGAUUUUUGGAGCACGGAUCACUUCAGGUUCCUUGGAAAUUGUAUAGUUUUGUAAUGGAACAAUGGGCUGAUCGUUGAAAUUUGUGGUUAAAACCUUGAAAUGGGCAUCAGAGCCAAAGACAGUUUGGGCAAAAUCAAGCAUGGAUUCCAGGGAAGUAGGACAGGACUUGGUUUCACCUUUCAUGGGUUUGUGUUCACAUUGUCCGAGUGUAUAUUCCAUUGCUUUGGCCUGUGGGGAGUCUUUGCGGAAGGAGAAGAGGUCAAGAAGAUAAGGAAGUUGUUUUGAGGAGAAAGGAAUUGAUUCUGCUUCUUCCCUGGAGAGGAGAGGAGGAGAGGCAGAAGUGUUGUCUUUGCUGGAGAACCAGAUUGACAUAGUUUUGCCAGCCUUAAGGUCAUCCACCUUAAAGAAAAUAUUCAUGGAAGGGUCCAUGUGUUCCAUGUGGGAUGAUGGGUGACUAGAAUCUGUAGCAGUACUGGUGGGCUGUAGCAGCUGCUGGGGAUCAUAUUUAAGGCUACGACCUUCAAUCUCUUGUGCGCACUGCUAUCAAAAUCAAGAAAAAAGAAGUUUCAAACCAGAGUUGAAUCCAAGCAAUUCGCAAAAAAAACAUCAGAAAAGUUGCAGGAAGUAUAUAUAGAACAUUACCAUUUGAAGGAGAAGGAAGGAAAGGAUGAUGUUCCAAGAGGAAAGGUUAGUACCCAUCUCUCUGUUUUUCUUGAUUCUGGAGUAAGGAAACAUUUGUCUACUAAACUUAUUGAAAAGUGGUUAGAUUAAUAAAGGGAGAAAUGUUUUGGUACACAGAGAAAAAUGAGGCCAAGUGGAGAGUGUGGAUUGAAAAUUAAUAAAGGGAGUGACUAGUAUAUGAUUAAGACCUUAAGAUGAAGAAAAAUUCUCUUUUUCACCUUGUGAUUUUUCGUCUUUAGUUCUUUACUCAUUAAGAUAUUGUAGAUAUUUCAUUUCAAGUGUCAAUUGAUAGCAGCAACAGAUAGAUUGAAACUGAAAAUCAUUGAUGGCUUAUCUUAUAGUAAUUCAAUUCAAUGCAUAGAUGUUGUGUGUUUCUCUGUUAGGCUUUGUGCUUAGUAAUAAACAACACUCUAUGAA